CCUGGGGCAGGAGGCCAGCAUAUCGGCACUGGACACCCACUGUGCCCACCCGUCCCUCCAAGCCCCCCAAAAGAUACAGACGAGGGGGAAAGGUGAGGGCAAAGGGACGGGCUUCAAGGCUAGCCAGGGGCAGCACCCGGGCACCCUGGCUUGUGCCCUCUCCCUGGGGUGUGACGUGGCAGGGCAGCCGGCACUGUCCCCCACCACCCCCUGGCCCUCAGAGGCGCCGGAGCUGUACCUUCACAUUUUCCACUGAAGUAGCGCCAACGCCGGAGCCUCCCCCUGGAUUCCUUGGCCAGGGCUCCGGGCAGCCACAGGCAAGGGUGACCUCAUCGCCCGUGGGCUCCCUCCCCUGGCGGGGGGCCUUAGGCAAAACCGGGUAGCCACGGGCAGGGACUCGGGGAGACCCCACCCACCCACCACAAAGGGACGCGAAGCCGCCGCACUGUGACCUGCAGGCGCUCAGGGACUCCCCAGCCCCCAGCCCUGCCCCCACCCCACCCUCAGCGGGCAGAGCAGCCACAUUCCUGGACACACAUUCCUGGUCGAGGCCCCUGCCAGCCGCCACCCUCCCUCCACCCAGCACAGAGACUGCUGCCCAGGCAGCCGCUUCCUGCAACAGUAGCCCCGGGAGGAGUGGCCCCAACGAGACAGCACGGCCGGGAGCCUGGGAACCCCUCCCCCUUACAGCAGGACAGGACCCUCUGGGAGCUGCCCCUCUGCACCUGCCCCCAGCCCCCAACCUGCCGACUUCAGUUCUCCCCGCUUGCCCAUCCUCCAGGUGUGCCCCCGCGUGUCCCUGCCGUUGCUAGGAAUGCCCUUCCUUCUCCUGUGACCCCCAAGUCUACACAGCCAUCCCUGAAUUGGACAGACUAGGGGUGGGGGGGUCGGUGGCCCAGAGAAAAGGCCCACGGGAGCACUCAGCAGGGGAACGGGGUGCUGGUGGGGGUUUCUCCAGAGCAGGAGCGCAGGCAGGACCCGGUAAAGUGGGCACACACAGCCUGGGCCAGACCUGGAGGUUGAUGCCAGGAGGGGGCAGGUGCAGGAGACACAGGCUGUGUCAUCAGGCGACCCCAGGCACAAACCUGAGAGGGGGCGGCCAAGGGAGCUGGGGCUGAACUCCAGCCCCUCAAAGCUGUUCUCUGCCCCCUCCUCCGGGCACAGAAGGCCCAAGUGUACAUGGGAGGGAGAGACAGACAGGGUGUGGCUAGGCGCUGGGGCCAGGGCAGCUGGGUUAACUUGGUCAUGCCAAGGAAGAAGGCCCGGGUCAUGGGUCCUGCUUGACCCUCCUGCCCCCCCGCAAAGAGGGAGGAGAGGAGGCGGCACAGCCCCGGUACCACCCAGAAGGGGGUUCCCACUUUCCCCGCAUCCCCCAAAGACAGCAAGAUGCUCCAGGCCCCUUCACCGUGGCGCGAGAAGGCAGAGGGACAGAGGGCCCCUGCUCCAAGCGGCCUCCAGGGGCUGGGAGGCGGGGAGGAGGGCGGGCCGGCGCGGGGGAGGGGCCGCCUCGGCUAUAAAGGCCCGGCCCGCGGCCCUGCUCCAGCCCGGGACGCACACGUGCGCGCGGCGCCGCAGCCGCCACCGCGGGAGCCCUGAGACCCCGCGCCCCCCUGGCCUGGGCGGCGGCAGCGGCAUGCACAGCGCGCCGCGGAGCUGACGGCGGCCGCCGGCCCCAUGUCCUUCGCGAUGCUGCGCUCGGCACCGCCCGGCCGCUACCUGUACCCCGAGGUGAGCCCGCUGUCGGAGGACGAGGACCGCGGCAGCGAGAGUUCGGGCUCCGACGAGAAGCCCUGCCGCGUGCACGCGGCGCGCUGUGGCCUCCAGGGCGCCCGAAGACGGGCCGGGGGCCGGCGGGCGGGGGGCGGCGGCCCGGGGCCUGGGGGGCGGCCGGGCCGCGAGCCCCGACAGCGGCACACGGCGAACGCGCGCGAGCGGGACCGGACGAACAGCGUGAACACGGCCUUCACGGCGCUGCGCACGCUCAUCCCCACCGAGCCGGCCGACCGCAAGCUCUCCAAGAUCGAGACCCUGCGCCUGGCCUCCAGCUACAUCUCGCACCUGGGCAACGUGUUGCUGGUGGGUGAGGCCUGCGGCGACGGGCAACCCUGCCACUCGGGGCCCGCCUUCUUCCACGCGGCGCGCUCUGGCAGCCCUCCACCCCCGCCGCCCCCGCCCCCCGCCCGCGACGGCGAGAAUGCCCAGCCCAAACAGAUCUGCACCUUCUGCCUCAGCAACCAAAGAAAGUUGAGCAAGGACCGAGACAGAAAGACGGCGAUUCGGAGUUAGAGGCGGACACUGCUGGGCCAUCCACGGAGAGCCCCCAUGGACCUGACUCGGGCACAGGCCUCCCUGAGGGCACCCCCCAGGCCAGCCCUGCCCCAGC